AUGGCUUUCCGCUCCGCCCUUCUCGCCGCUAUCUACAUGGCCACCAGCGCGUGUGCCGAGACUGUAGACCAGGGGACACUCCUCUACAGUUUUGGCAGCACAACCGACAUUGAAAACGCCGUCCUGCGUCCUAACGGCCAAAUCCUUAUGGUUCCCUUGUCCACUAACACUGUGUACAACCUGGACCCUUCCGCAGCUACUCCAUCCCCUGUGGUCGUGGCCACGCUGCCGGGCGUCGACUCUGUGCAGGGGAUUGCUUCGAUCGGAGACGACAAGUAUGCUGUGACCGCCGGUGUCCGUGGUGACAUCUACGUCAACGAGACAGUCUUUACGAUUGAUCUGGCUAACGGCAACGGCACUGUCACGCCCGAGACGAUCCUGGUUGUGCCGGAGGCCGAGAACUUCAACGGCUUGGUGUCGCUGCCAUCUGACCCCAACGUCUUGCUCGUCGCCGACUCGGUCCUCGGCCUCAUUUGGCGUAUCGACCUGGAGGCUAAGACAGCUGUGCAGGUCAUUUCCGACGAGUUGAUGGCGCUAUCAACCGACAGCCCCACCGGUGUCGACCUCGGCAUCGACGGCCUUAAGCUCUAUAUCGACGAGGCUACAGGCGAGCUCUAUGUCUACUUUACCAAUGUGUCGAAGCUUUUUCUUGCGCGCAUGCCCAUCCUUGCCAAUGGUACCGCCGCCACGGGUGCUGCAGAGAUUGUGGCCAACCAGACUGGUACCGACAACUGGGAUGAUAUGGCUAUCGCUCAAAACUCUAGCCUCAUCUUCGGAGCUAUGAAUCCUACAUAUAUCCAGAUGGUUAACAUCACCAGCGGUGAAGUGGCUAUUGUUGCUAACUUCACAACCACUGAGGGACCCACGAGUGUGGUCCUGGCAGACGACGGAGUUCACGGCUACUCUUUCACUCGUGAUGGCGAUGUUUACGAGGUCACUCUUCCGAACUAUGCUUAG